CCCACUAAUAUAAAAACAAGAAUAACGGUAGAAAGAUCUACCCUCUACUGGCCAAUGACCAUAAUGCCCUCAUCGUCAAUAUUACAACGUUACAACCACCGUUGGGCGUUGGCUAACUUGGCCCCAUGCCUUAACCGUCAGGUGGGUCCCUAAAACAGGUGGCAUUUUCGUAAAAUGUGGAGUGGGCCACUGGAGGGUAAAAUCGCCACUUUUUCUUCGGAAGAAGGCUCGCUCUCCAACUCUGAACUCCCGUUUUAUUUAUAGGGGAACGCUUCCGAAAAGCGCUUCUGGAAAGGAAAACUGUCGGCAGCAGCAACUCCACACAGAGAACAGAGUAGACACAGAGCCUAGUCCGCAGUUCACAGUUUACACCUCCCUCGGAAAAUCUUCAGGCGGAAGAGCUAAGUGGUGGCGCCGCCUGACCCAUUUGACCCACAAUAUGCAGCGCCACCGCAGCUCUUACCCGUUUCUUGGUCUAUACUUCUUCGUCGUCGCCUUUGCUUCUCUCUCUGUCUCCGCCAAACUAAUACACCGAGUAUCUGACCCGCAUUGGCAUCCCGCCACCGCUACCUGGUACGGGAGUCCCGAAGGCGAUGGAAGCGACGGUGGGGCAUGUGGAUACGGGUCGCUGGUGGACGUACGGCCGUUAAGGGCGAGAGUAGGCGCCGUUAGUCCAGUUCUGUUCAAGAAUGGAGAGGGUUGCGGAGCGUGCUAUAAGGUGAAGUGCUUGGACAAGAGCAUAUGCUCGAGGAGAGCCGUUACAAUUAUCGUCACUGACGAGUGCCCAGGUGGGUACUGCGCGAACGGGCGUACCCACUUCGACCUCAGUGGGGCUGCUUUUAGUCGGAUGGCCAUCGCCGGGAACAGCGCCCAGCUCAGGAACCGAGGCGAGAUCUCAGUCGUCUUCCGUCGGACGCCAUGUAAAUACCCAGGAAAGAACAUCGCCUUCCAUGUGAACGAAGGGUCGACAAAUUACUGGUUAUCACUUCUAGUGGAGUUUGAAGACGGAGAUGGAGAUAUUGGAUCCAUGCAAAUAAGAGAAGCAAGCUCUACAGAGUGGCUGGAGAUGAAGCACUUGUGGGGAGCAAAUUGGUGCAUUAUUGGGGGACCCUUGAGAGGACCUUUCUCAGUGAAACUAACAACACUGUCGACGGGUCGGAGUCUCUCUGCACGGGGGGUCAUUCCAAGUAACUGGUCUCCGAAGGCCACCUACACCUCUCGCCUUAACUUCUACUAGUAAAUAUUCUACACUAUUUAUUUCUUUUUUAUCUGAGUUACCUAUCCUACUAGAUUAUGGGCAGGAACCAAAAAAAGUAGCCGUUGUCGGUUCGGUUGUUUUUCAAAGAAAACUAGCCGUUGGAGACUGCAACCAAGCAAAUCUCUCUCUCUCUUUCUCUCUUUCCAUUUGUAUUUGUUUUCCUUUCUUUCUUCUGCUGCUUUUGGUUUUGUGUUUGUAUUUUUUUAAGUGUAAAUGCUGUAGCCCUCUCCAAAGGAGAGAGAGCGCUCUCUGUAAUUUGUAAUUUUGUAUGUGUGUAUUGUUUGUGGGACCCCUUUUGUUUACUGAGUUGGAUGAAUUUGGUCAUUAAAUGCUCGUAUUGUUGCUU